UUUUGUAAAUUUCAGUUUCGCCCUAUUCACCCCCCCUCUAGGCGACUAUCAGCUGUCUUAAUUGGAUGUUUACAGGUUUUAGAAAUUGACUGGGGUUCAAUACAAAUUGAUGAUAGAUGGGAGGAAGAAGGAGAACAAGAGACUGCCUCUGAGUCAGUGAUGUAUGAUCGGUUAGGAUUGUUAGCUGAGGAUGAACGUGAAACUACUGAAAGGCAAGAGACUGUCCGCCAAAGCGAUGAAUUUAAUGAUGAAACUGCUGAAUUGCCCUGCACUGAUUGCAUACCACAAGAAAGGGUAUUUGAGUGCAACAGAUCAAAUCCAAUAAUGAAGAUUGGUAGUUUGUACAAGGACAUGAAAGAAUUCAGACUGGCUAUCAGGCAAUAUGCGAUUAAUAACGAGUUUGAGUUAGGGAUUGAGUCAAGCUCACCUUUCAGAUAUCGAGCUUAUUGCAAAGGAGGUGAUUGUCCAUGGAGAAUCAAUGCAAGGCUACAAAAUGCCGGAUCUCCCACAGUCGUUGUUACAGUUAUCGUGGAUAAGCACACAUGCACUUCUAGUGGUCGUCGAAAAACAACAACACCCACCAGCUCAUGGGUUGCUUCCCUUGCAAUGCCAUUCCUAACGAAGAAACCACAUAUGGGAGCUAAAGAAUUGCAAAAUACCUUGCAAGAGCAGCACAAUUGCACAAUUUCUUAUGAUACAGUGUGGAAAGGUAAAGAGAAGGCCCUUAGAGAGUUGUAUGGAACAUGGGAGGACAGCUUCAAAUUACUUUUUAGAUGGAGAGAAGCUGUUUUGGAGGUUAUGCCAGACUCAGUGAUUGAGUUUGAUCUAGUAGUUGAUGAUGGAAAAUUAUAUUUCAGCAGAUUUUUUGUGCUUUUGGCCCUUGUCUUCAAGGUUUUCGUGAAGGUUGCAGGCCCUACUUAAGUGUGGAUUCCACAGCUCUAAAUGGUCGUUGGAAUGGUCACCUUCCCCAGCUACAAGUGUUGAUGGUCAUAAUUGGAUGUUUCCAGUAGCUUUUGGUUUCUUCGAGUCAGAGACAAAAGACAGUUGGAUUUGGUUCAUGCAACAACUUUGUAAGGCCAUAGGCGACCCUCCUGUUUUAGCCAUUUGCUCUGAUGCAUGCAAAGGACUGACAUCAGCAGUGAACGAUGUAUUUCCAAAUGCUGAAAAAAGAGAAUGCUUCCGCCACCUCAUGCAAAACUACAUUAAGCACUUCACUGGAUCAGAGCACAUGUAUCCCGCAGCUAGAGCAUAUAGGAACACCAUUUUCGAGCACCACUUCAGUAAUGCCCGGGAUAUACCCGGUGUGAAGCAAUGGAUUGAUGAGUGGCACCCUCUUUUAUGGUACAGAUGUGGUUUCAACACGGCUAUAAAGUGUGACUACAUAACCAACAACAUUGCUGAGGUAUUUACGAACAGAUGUUACAUAACCAACCAACAACAUUGCUACAGAUGUUGGGCAGCAGGAGUUUGAAGCUGUUGAUGUCGGGCACUUAACCCCAACAAGGCACAAAAAAGAGCAGUAGGAAAGAAGUUGACGCCGAAGAAGAAAAAUGUUUGAGUAGCUGUGUAGUUGUCUGUGAUUGGGCAGCAGGAGUUUGAAGCUGUAGCUGUGUGUUUGUGUGAAACUGUCUUCUGUUUUCAGUGAAACCAGCUGUGUGUAUGUGUGUAUGUGUGUUUUCUGGACAAUUGAAACUGUAUUCUGUUUUCAGUGUGAAAACAUCAGUGUUUUAGGCUUCAAAUGUGUUUUCAGUGUGAAAACAGCAGCUUCUAAUCUGUUUUCAGUGUGAAAACAGCAGCUUCUAAUCUGUUUUCAGUGUACCAUCAUAAUAUUCUGUUUUAGGCUUCAAAUGUGUUUUCAGCUCAUGUGUUUUAGGCUUCAAAUUUGGCACGGCAGUGUGAAAACAGCAGC